AAAUUCAGUUAUGCUACUGGCACGUACUUCGUGCAAUCAAAAAAAAACUUACAAGCACUGGAAUUGUAUAUAAUGUUUAUAAUUCUUAUGAAGCACAUUCGCUUUGCCCAUUGAUUGAUCCUACAUGGCAACCACUUAGGCAAAAUCAAACAAUAGCAGAUCAUACAAAUCAGGAUCAAAGAUUAAAUGAAAAAGACAAAGUUAUUCCAUCCCAAGUUAGUCAUUUACAGUUAUUACGCAAUAAUAGAUGCAUGUUAAAAUGGCGUGAAGAAUUUCGAUUGGAAUGGAAAAAAUUGGCUACUCAUAUAAUAAAUCCAAACCCUAACCAACCAGGCUUUUUUAAAAAGGUAAUCCGUCAAGAAUUCUAUCCUUUAUUGAAAAUCAAGGAAGAGAAUGCCUUUGCCGAUUUGCCAGAAAAUCUUCAUCUCGCAUUUGAAAAUUUAAAUUAUAAUUAUUAUGCCAAUGAAGCAACUGUCCAUAAUGAUGACCCACAAGUUGACAUUGAUAAUCAAGAAAAAUCUGUAGACAUUGUUACCCGUGAAGCAACUGCCUAUAAUAAUGACCUCCAAGUUGACGUUGAUGUGGUUUCAAGUAAUAAUCAGGAAAUAAAUAUUAACAACCAAGAUGCAAUCUUGUACCAAACCCGUAAGCAAGAAAUUUUUAACUUGUUAGACACAACAAAAAAACUUAUUGAAGAAAACAUAAUGAACCCGAAUGGUAACAAAUGGCUCGAUAGUAUUAAUAAAAACUUUGAGCCUUUGCGUAAAUUAGAGGAGGAUUAUAAUCAUUUUAAAAGGCAACGAAAUAUUCCAAAUACUUGGAAAAACC